AUGGACCUCACAGCAGCUGCUUGGCUCGUGGAGGGUGCCGAGGUUGAGCGGGAACUGGAUGACAUCGGAAACAUCUGGAUCCGGGGUCACAUCACGCGCGUCCUCGACGGAAGACAGCUUGUGGACCUCAGCUACCACGACGGGACCGGGGAGCAGGAUGUGCCGGUCGCGGACCUCAGACCACUGCUGCCUGCGGCCUUCUCCCCACCUCAGAGACAGAGUGUCUCCCCUUCCAAGGAUCGCGGCACUCCGGCACCACCGCCUCCGCCACCAAGUGCUCCAGAGGAGGAGCUGGCACGUCCCAGUCCCAGUCCCUCCCUCACGCAGCGAAUCGCUGCGCUCCGUGCAGAGGCAGGUCUACUGGACCGGAAUGUCCAGACGUUGAAGGAGCGGCAGGAUUCGAGCCUUGCGGCCCUCGAGACUGCGAAUCAGGGCGUUUCCGAGGCGCAGUCUGGUCUGAGCCAGCGGAUGAACUCCGCCAAUGAGUGCUUGUCCGACAUCCAGGGCCUUGUCGCCGAGGCCAAGCGGAUCCUCGCCGAUGCAGCCAGCAACUCCGGUUUUCGAGACCUGGCCGUCCUGGACCGACUGCGGCAGAGCGUGGGACGCGGAUCAGGACCUUCAGAGGUCAGCACCAUCGACGGCCACGAGGUCAUUGAGGCCUGGGUGCCAGCCCCGACGAGCUCCCGAGGCACCUGCGCGUUGUGCACCACGCUGCGCCUUAGCGGCUUCCCCUGGCCCAGCGUGUUGGAGACGGCAGUGGAGUGGGUGCGACACCACCAGGCAUUGGGAUUUGACCCAAUCCUGAUGUUCAUGGACGAGCCGGAUCCUUCAAAAACAAGCUCUUUGGCAUCUGCGCUGGCAGAGAGCGGUCUCUCCGCGCACCUUGUGGCCGAGGACGAAAUGCGGGCUGGCUGGCUGCAGGCAGGUUCGCUCUGGGAGGAGUUCCGGCAUCAGGUCGAGACUGAGCUCAGCGCGAAGCAGAUCCUGAACUGUGCAAGCGCACUCCGUUUCUGCCGUUCCUGCUCAGAACCAGCUCAAUGGCUUCUGAGUGCAGACCUCGACGAGGCAGUCGUCAUCGAUGGCGAUGUUGCAAGUCACUUCGGGUCUAUUCCUGGCAACGUUGGCCAGGUUGUGUACACAAACCACGAAGCUGUGACGGGUGCAGACGCGUGCUCCACCUGGUUCACGCAGGUCCAGCAGUUCAAGAUCUCGCCUUUGACCAAGCUGCCCUUUAUGGCCCGGCGGUUCCCGGAUCAUGAUGAAGAGCCACAGAUCCUGGAUCAUCCCGAGGGCGUCGGCGAGAAUACCCUCGCCUACUGGAGGGCGCAGAACGCACGCCUGGCGGAACAAUACAACUUCCGAAAGAGAGCUGCCGGUGCAAGCUGCAGCUACUUCGAUGGUUAUGUCCGCGGAAAGGCCGCCGUCCGGCUCGAGGCGAUCAACGAAGCAUCGAGGCCUGGUGUGCACCGGUGGCUGGAGCUUUCUCCUGGCUUCAACACUGUGGUGACCCACCCUGGCAGCGCCUCCAUGCUCCACUACCUGAACUGUGGAGGAUUGGAUUGGUUUGAAGCCAAGUACCAAAUCCGGGGCUCCGAGGAAGCCAACCGCCUCUGGUUCCAUGUCCUAGCGCAGGAGCGUGCGAAGAUGGGGCGAGCAGCACUGAAGGAGUUGUACGAUGAUGUCUUGUCGGUUCCUCAAGCUGCCUUGGACGCGCAGGUCGAUGAAGGCUUCGUUUCCUCCCUGGGGCUGGCGAUUCCGUCCAGCCAGGCGUUGGCCUCUGCCUUUCGAGGCUUUUGGGGCUGGGCAGCUGUGGGACUCGGGGAUGGCCUGUAUGUUCAUAUCCCGUUGGCUUCUGGCCUCGCAGAUUCCCCAGGUCAUCUGCCUCUGCAGCAAGGCAUGGAUGCGGCCCAGGGCAUGGGCAAGCCUGUUCGGUAUCUCUUAUCUCCUGGGGAGUGCUGCGGUGGCCCCAUGGUUCUGGGAGUCGAGACGCCGGUGCUUUGCGCGACUGUUCCUCCGGGCCAGCGCGGCUUCUUGGUUCUGGAUGUGUCCCUAGCACGUCAACCCACCUCCGACUUGGGCCUUUAUGUAUGUGUCUCCAAGUCUUUGCCGGCCGAGUCGCAGACAAGCUUCGAGUGUAUGUCUCCUAUAUCCUCUGCGAGCUCCGGAUGGCGAUGUCGCAUUUUGACCCACAAGUGGUCACGCCAGAGCUCACAAGUCGCUUUCUGGAUAGGCUGUGGCGGCGCCGCCAAUUCCGAGUCUGGGCCGUUGAGCCAUGCAUCUGGGGUUGUCUUCGAGCCUUUACCAGGUGCUGCGGAGGUCGCAGAAGAUCUGACCUUCACAGCCGACUUGGCCUUUGAACUCGAGUCUGCGACCUUGCCCGAGGGCUUGGACGUCGCUCACUCCGUGUUCUACACGGCCUACCAGGACAUUGAUGGACAACUGCUCUCUGAUGCCGGGUCGGCGGGCUUCGGCGGGCGGAACUUGGAGCUCACGUAUGCAGAGGUGGAGUUUGCCCCUUUCUGUGCCCUUCUGCAGAGAGUCGCCCAACCUCAGCCAGGAGAGACCUUUCUUGACCUGGGCAGCGGCACGGGUCGAGCCCUGCUGGCCGCAGCCCUCGGCUUCCCGAGCCUCCGUUGCUGCCGAGGCUACGAGCUACUUGAACCGCUCCACGCCGCUGCAGAGCGCGCGGCGGCGAGCGCGGGGAGCCUGGCAAGUGGGCAGCUGGCCCCGGUGGACCUUCGCAUGCAGAGCUUCCUGGGCUCAGAUGUUGCGUGGGAGGAGGAGGAUGUAGAUAUCGUUUGGGUCGCUUCACUGUGUUUGCGGCCCGAGACGCUGGCAGAAGUCCGCGCCCGCGCUACGCGCCUGCGGCCGGGUGCCAGGAUUCUAACCAUGGACCCUCACUUCGCGGAAGCCGCGCCGGGCUUCGAGCAGAUCCUGGUCGACGGUGCCACGCGGAUCCCAGUGGAAAUGAGUUUCGGAGAGGCGACUGUCUACGCCGUGCGCCGCGUGUGA